UGGCUUUUUUUUUUCAUGUGUCCUGCAGCUCGGAGUCCAGUGUUCUCCCACCUGUCGUCGUCUCUUCAGGGCCUGUGGACCAUCCGAGCCUUUGGAGCAGAGGAGAGGUUCCAGAAAGCCUUCAAUGCCCAGCAGGACCUGCACUCAGAGGCCUGGUUCCUGUUGCUGACCACCUCUCGCUGGUUCGCUGUCCGUCUCCACGGCAUCUGCUCCAUCUUUGUUACCGUCACCACCUUUGGCCGCCUGCUGCUCAGAGACUGUGCAGCUGAAGUCCGCGGUGGAGGAGCUGCCCGGGCAGUUGGAGACGGUUCUGGCCGAGUCGGGCUCCACCUUCAGUGGGCCAGAGGCAGCUGGUGUGUCUGGCCAAAGCCAUCCUGAGGAAGAACCGCAUCCUGGUCAUCCACGAGGCCACGGCCAACGUGGACCCCAGGACAGAUGAGCUGAUCCCUCAUCAUCUCAACACCAUCAUAGACAGCGACAGGAUACCGAGCAGAGUCUUCUGACCACAACUGAGGAUGACGGACUUUCUUCAUCCACGUCUUCGUCGUCUUCUUCUUCUGCUGAAUGAAUGCAGACGGUGUACACAGAAGGGUGGGAGGGGGUCAUGCAGG